AAAAUUGACCAAUUGUCAUAUUACUCCGGAAAUACAAACAUCCAAAGACACUCGAUUUUCACACCAUAUUCCCAAAGAGUUCGCUACACAUUCCGGUGGGAACGAAUCACACAAGUUAACGAUGCAACUUUUAGGAUUCCUUCGUUCGUUAAAGAAUAUUGCGAUUGCUUGUAUCCGCGGACAUGCGAUUGGCGCGUUAGAACGAUUUUUCAUCUUUUCUGGCAUUCCGACCGAUGAGGAGAAGAUUACGCUCCUGAUUACACCCGAUCAUGAGGACUAUGAACGAUGGGAGAAUACCAGUUAUGAGCUGCAUGGUUUCACGUUGCACAGCGGUUGCGCCAUACAAAGAUAUUCGCAUACCAAGCAAAUCGCGUGUCACAUGCCGGAUCACAUUUUUGCGGAGAAUUUGGUGCUGUCUUAUGGAAAUAGAAGAUACACUAUGCAUCAAUCUCUCUAUUAUGAAAGGACAAUUGUUAUGUACAGUAUAUUCGAGAAUUAUUUUAUCGGUCGGAUAAUUUCAAAGAUCUUUAAACGAGAGACAUCGAUCGAGAAGGCUAGACCUCACCCGGACUCCUUGGUUAAUAUUCCAUUGAACGAAUUACGACUUGCAUCAAAUUUUCUCGUUCUACUAUCCUAA